AUGUCGGCUCUUUCACUCACGGUGAAUGCGACAGAUGGUCGAGCGCGUCAGUGCACUUUACACCUACCGCACGGUGAAGUAGAAACGCCUGUUUUUAUGCCGGUUGGUACAAAAGGGAGUGUCAAGUCUUUAACAUAUGAACAAGUGACAGAGAUGGGGUGUCAAAUAUUGUUAGCGAACACGUAUCACAUGUACUUGCACCCAGGAGUGACUGUUUUAAAAAAGAGUGGCGGUCUUCACAACUACACAAAAUGGAAUGGAAACAUCCUUACGGACUCUGGUGGAUUUCAAAUGGUUUCAUUAUCCGAAACGAUGAGUGUCUCAGAGGAAGGUGUAGUCUUUGAAUCGAUUGUAGACAAGAAACAAAUCAAUUUGCCACCCGAGGAGUCGAUUCACAUUCAACAAGCCAUUGGUUCGGAUAUUAUGAUGCAACUCGAUGAUGUUGUGUCUUCACUCACAACAGGCCCACGAGUCUCGGAAGCUAUGGAGAGGAGUGUCCGGUGGUUAGGGCGGUGCAAGAAAGUGUACGAAGAGACCAAAGACAAACAGAAUUUGUUUGGGAUCAUUCAAGGGGGUUUAAACGCAGACCUUCGUAAAAAGUGUUUAGAAGGGAUGGUGGCUGUCGACACUCCUGGGUAUGCUAUUGGUGGGCUAUCCGGUGGCGAAGCAAAAGAUGACUUUUGGAGAAUGGUCGACGUCUCUGCACAAGGCCUUCCCGAGACUAAGCCGCGAUAUUUGAUGGGAGUUGGAUAUCCAGUGGAGAUGAUUUUAUGUGUGUUGUUUGGUGUUGAUAUGUUUGAUUGUGUGUACCCGACUCGUACUGCACGAUUUGGGACGGUAUUUUCCGAUGAUGGGAUGGUCGCAUUAAAGGUGAACAAAUACAAAGAUCAAUACGAAGUGAUUGACAAAAACUGUGACUGCUUGUGUUGCCAAAAAGGAAACGGAUUGACCAAAUCGGCGUUGCACUUCAUGUUUGUGAAUGGAGCAGAAGAGGGAACGCCAGUCGCACAAUACUUGACACAUCACAACAUCACUUACUUGUUCAAUUUGAUGAGGAAGUACCGAGUCGCAAUUCGAGAAAAGAAAGCAAAAGUGUUUGCCAAGGAGUACAUCAUGAGAUUCUAUGGUGGUAUCCAACAUGUCCCAGCUUGGAUGAUAGACGCUCUGAAGAAGGCUGAAGUGAGUUUUGAUUAA